CUGCGCGGAGGGGAGGGGGGCGUGAGAAGCCGCUCAAAAGCCCAGGCGGCAGUGACGUCAGCAGCGCACGCUCGAGCUCACGCUCGCCGCGCACAGACUCUCCUCAGAGUUCCCACGAGCGGCAAAGCGAAGAGACGCUCUCGAGAGUGUUUGGAACUUAUUUAUUAAACAACGAGGAUAUUUAUUGACACACAUUUGCACUUUUUGGAGACUUUAGGAGACGUUUGGAUCUAUGAGAGCUUCGGGAAGGAUUUUGAAGAAGUUGUGACGCCGAGACGGAGUUAUGAACCGUUUCUGGGUGAAAUUGACGCUACUGGCUGCAGCAUCGCUCGUGACGGUGGCACAAGGACAAAGAUGCCUGGAACAGUGUCAGAACGGAGGAAUAUGUGAGCUCAAGGCACACGGAGAGGCAGCGUGCAGAUGUCCAUCAGACUAUGUCGGACCCCAGUGUCAGUUCCCGAAUCCAUGCAGCCCGUCGCCAUGUCGAAACGGAGGCGUGUGCCGCGCUCGGACUCAGGGUAAUGAUGUGGAGGUGACCUGCGACUGCGUACUGGGCUUCAGCGGUCCUCUCUGUCUGACACCUGUCAAUCACGCCUGCAUGAGCACGCCCUGUCGCAAUGGCGGCACGUGCUCUCUGCUCACCCUGGAGACCUUCACCUGUCGCUGCCCACCUGGAUGGUCCGGUAAAACGUGUCAACAAGCCGACCCGUGUGCAUCGAAUCCCUGCGCCAAUGGAGGACAGUGUUCAGCGUUUGAGUCUCACUACAUCUGCACCUGCCCUCCCAACUUCCACGGCCAAACGUGUCGGCAGGACGUGAACGAGUGCGCCCUCUCCCAGUCGCCCUGUCGUAACGGAGGAACCUGUAUAAACGAGGUGGGCUCGUACCACUGCAGGUGCCCGCCCGAGUAUGUGGGAACACACUGCGAGCGCUUAUACCACCCGUGCCUCCCCUCGCCCUGCAGGAAUGGAGGAACGUGCUUACAGACCAGUGACACAUCUUACACCUGCACCUGUCUCUCAGGAUUUAUGGGUCAAACCUGUGAACAUAAUGUUGAUGACUGCACCCAGCACGCCUGUGAGAAUGGAGGCAGGUGCAUUGACGGGGUCAACACCUAUAACUGUCACUGCGACAAACAUUGGACCGGUCAGUACUGUACGGAGGACGUCGACGAGUGUGAACUUUCCCCCAACGCUUGUCAGAACGGUGGCACGUGUCAUAACACCAUCGGCGGCUUCAACUGCGUGUGUGUGAACGGCUGGACGGGCGACGACUGCAGCGAGAACAUUGAUGACUGUGCCAGCGCCGCCUGUUCUCAAGGCGCCACGUGCCACGACCGAGUCGCAUCGUUCUUCUGCGAGUGUCCACACGGACGCACAGGACUUCUGUGUCACCUGGAUGACGCGUGCAUCAGCAACCCGUGUCAGAAGGGCUCCAACUGCGAUACCAACCCGGUGAGCGGAAAGGCCAUCUGCACGUGUCCGCCCGGGUACACCGGGUCCGCCUGCAACCAGGAUAUAGACGAAUGUUCGCUCGGUGCGAACCCAUGCGAGCACGGUGGACGAUGUCUCAACACUAAAGGCUCAUUCCAAUGCAAGUGUCUCCAAGGUUACGAAGGUCCACGCUGCGAACUGGACGUUAAUGAGUGCAAGUCGAACCCCUGCCAAAAUGACGCCACUUGCCUCGACCGGAUUGGUGGAUUCCACUGCAUAUGCAUGCCAGGUUACGAGGGUGUGUUUUGUCAAAUAAAUGCUGACGACUGCGCAUCGCAGCCUUGCCUCAACAACGGAAAAUGUGUGGACAAGAUCAACUCAUUUCACUGCGAGUGCCUCAAAGGGUUCUCUGGGAAUCUAUGUCAGGUGGAUGUGGAUGAGUGUGCCAGUACGCCCUGUAAGAACGGCGCCAAGUGCACAGACGGCCCCAACAAAUACACCUGCGAAUGCACACCAGGUUUCGCUGGCGCUCAGUGUGAGUCGGACAUCAACGAGUGUGUGUCGAGCCCGUGUCAUUACGGAGUGUGUCGAGACGGGGUGGCUGCUUUCACUUGCGACUGUCGUCCGGGAUACACUGGCCGACUGUGCGAGACCAACAUUGACGAGUGCUUGAGUCAACCCUGCCGAAACGGAGGCACCUGCCAGGACAGAGAGAACUCGUACACCUGUACCUGCCCCAAAGGAACCACAGGUAUUAACUGUGAGAUAAACAUCGACGACUGCAAAAGAAAGCCAUGUGACUACGGCAAGUGCAUCGACAAGAUCAAUGGCUACGAGUGUGUGUGUGAACCCGGAUACACAGGUUCAAUGUGUAACAUCAACAUUGACGACUGCGCGCUGAACCCGUGCCAUAACGGUGGCACCUGCAUCGACGGGGUCACCAGCUUCACCUGCAUCUGUCCAGAGGGUUUCCGUGACGCCACCUGCCUCUCUCAACACAGCGAGUGUUCCAGCAACCCCUGUAUCCACGGCAACUGCCAAGACCAGAUCAACAGCUAUAAGUGCGUGUGCGAGCCCGGCUGGACGGGCCGCAACUGUGACAUCAACAUCAACGAGUGCCUGUCCAACCCGUGUGUGAACGGAGGCACCUGUAAGGACAUGACCAGCGGAUACGUGUGCACCUGCAGAGCCGGAUUCAGCGGUCCUAACUGCCAGACUAACAUCAAUGAGUGUGCGUCUAACCCCUGUCUGAACCAGGGCACCUGUAUCGAUGACGUGGCCGGAUUCAAGUGUAACUGCUUACUGCCUUACACAGGUGACGUGUGUGAGAGCUUUCUGGCGCCGUGUUCUUCACGGCCCUGUAAGAACGGAGGCGUGUGUCGUGAAUCUGAGGAUUUUAGGAGUUUCUCUUGCGCAUGUCCUGUUGGUUGGCAAGGUCAGACAUGUGAGGUGGACAUCAAUGAGUGUGUGAGGAACCCGUGUACCAACGGAGGAGUGUGCGAGAACUUGCGUGGCGGCUUCCAAUGUCACUGUAACCCGGGAUUCACGGGAGAUCUGUGCGAGACCGAUAUCGACGAUUGUACACCAAAUCCCUGCAGUAACGGUGGAAUCUGUCAGGACCGCGUGCACGGUUUUGUGUGCGUGUGUCUGGCGGGUUUUCGCGGCGAGCGUUGCACGGAGGACAUAGACGAGUGCGUGGGUGCCCCCUGUCGUAACGGAGGGAACUGCACCGAUUGUGUCAACAGCUACACCUGCAGCUGCCCCUCAGGAUUCGGCGGCAUCAACUGUGAGAUCAACACACCCGACUGCACUGAGAGCUCGUGCUUUAACGGUGGAACUUGCGUCGACGGCAUCAACACGUUCUCCUGCGUGUGUCUGCCGGGAUUUACCGGGAAUUACUGCCAGCACGACGUAAAUGAGUGUGACUCACAGCCAUGUCAAAACGGAGGUACAUGCCAGGACGGAUACGGAACCUACAAAUGUACCUGCCCGCACGGCCACACAGGCCAGAACUGCCAGAGUCUGGUUCGCUGGUGUGACUCUGUGCCUUGUAAGAACGGGGGCUCGUGUUGGCAGCAGGGGGCGUCGUUCACCUGUCAGUGUGCCAGUGGCUGGACGGGCAUCUACUGCGACAUCCCAAGCGUGAGCUGUGAGGUCGCCGCACAACAGCAAGGAGUGUCUGUGGCCGUUCUGUGCCGUAACGCUGGUCAGUGUGUGGAUGCGGGGAACACGCACCUCUGCAGGUGUCAGGCUGGAUACACAGGCAGUUACUGUCAGGAGCAGGUGGAUGAGUGCAUGCCGAACCCCUGUCAGAACGGAGCCACCUGCACCGAUUACCUGGGAGGAUACAGCUGUGAGUGUGUUCCAGGAUAUCACGGAACGAACUGCAGUAAGGAGAUAAAUGAGUGUUUGUCGAAUCCUUGUCAGAACGGAGGAACCUGCAUCGAUCUGGUCAACACCUACAAAUGCUCGUGCCCACGGGGAACACAAGGUGUUCACUGUGAGAUUGACAUUGACGACUGUUCCCCGGCUGCGGAUCCGUUAACCGGUGAGCUGCGAUGCUUUAACGGAGGCCGUUGCGUGGACCGCAUUGGUGGUUACGGCUGCGUGUGCCCGGCCGGUUUUGUGGGCGAACGCUGCGAGGGCGACGUCAACGAGUGUUUGUCUGACCCUUGUGACCCCAACGGAUCCUACAACUGCGUCCAGCUCAACAACGACUUCCGCUGUGAGUGCCGUACAGGAUACACAGGCAAACGCUGUGAAACCGUGUUCAAUGGUUGCAAGGACACGCCGUGUAAAAACGGAGGGACAUGUGCCGUAGCCAGUAACACGAAACACGGAUAUAUCUGCAAGUGUCAACCGGGCUUCUCUGGUUCCUCCUGCGAAUACGACUCAAAAUCUUGUGGCUCCCUGCGAUGUCGCAACGGCGCCACCUGUGUCUCCGGUCACCUGAGCCCUCGCUGUCUUUGCCCGCCGGGCUUUAGCGGGCACGAGUGCCAGAUGCGCAUGGACUCGGCGUGCCUGACCAACCCCUGCUACAACGGGGGCACGUGUCAAUCCAUCAAUGACGCUCCGUUUUUCCGCUGCUCCUGCCCGGUUAACUUCAACGGGCUCCUUUGUCACAUCCUCGACUACUCCUUCAACGGAGGGCAGGGCCGGGACAUAGCUCCACCUCCGGAGGUGGAGAUUGAGUGCGAGGUCCCUCAGUGCGAAGGGAGGGGCGGAAACGCGAUCUGCGAUACCCAAUGCAACAAUCACGCCUGCGGCUGGGACGGCGGCGACUGCUCUCUGAAUUUCGACGACCCGUGGCAGAACUGUAGCGCCGCCCUGCAGUGCUGGAGGUACUUUAAUGAUGGGAAGUGUGAUGAGCAGUGCGCCAACGCCGGCUGCCUGUACGAUGGAUUCGACUGCCAGCGACUGGAGGGACAGUGCAAUCCGUUGUAUGAUCAGUACUGUAAGGAUCACUACGCAGACGGUCACUGCGAUCAGGGCUGUAAUAACGCAGAGUGCGAAUGGGACGGCCUCGACUGCGCCGAGGACGUUCCUAAGAAACUGGCCGUGGGAAGUCUGGUUCUCGUGGUCCACAUUCCACCCGACGACCUCCACAACCGUUCUUCCUCAUUCCUGCGUGAGCUAAGCGGCCUGCUGCACACCAACGUGGUGUUCCGGCUUGACGCUAAUGGCGAGCCGCUGAUCUUUCCGUACUACGGUAACGAACACGAGCUGAGCAAACACAAACGCGCCGACUGGAGCGACCCUGCCCAGCUGCUGACGCGUGCUAAGAGGAGCCUGACGGCGUUUCUAAAGCCCCGCCCACGACGUGAACUGGAUCAGAUGGAGAUCAAAGGGUCGAUUGUCUAUCUAGAAAUUGACAACCGUCAGUGUUAUCAACAGUCGGAUGAGUGUUUCCAGAGCGCCACAGACGUGGCGGCAUUCCUCGGAGCGUUGGCCUCUAGCGGGAAUCUCAAUGUUCCUUACGUCAUUGAAGCAGUCACAAGUGAAGACGGACCUCCAAAGAGCGGUGAGAUGUACCCCAUGUUCCUGGUGCUCCUCGCUCUGGCCGUCCUGGCCCUUGUUGCUGUGGGUGUCGUGGUCAACAGAAAGCGAAAGCGGGAACAUGGACAGCUUUGGUUCCCUGAGGGAUUUAAAGUCACGGAACCCAAAAAGAAGCGGCGGGAGCCAGUAGGAGAAGAUUCUGUGGGACUCAAGCCUUUGAAGAACUCAGACAGCUCUCUGAUGGACCAGCAGCUCAGCGACUGGGCAGAUGAUGACAUCUCUAAACGAUUCAAGUUUGAGGAACAGGCUAUUCUGGACAUGACGGCUCAGCUAGAUCAUCGGCAGUGGACGCAGCAACAUCUGGACGCCGCCGACCUGCGCUUGAACUCGAUGGCUCCUACACCACCGCAGGGCGAGAUCGAGAAUGACUGCAUGGACGUCAACGUCCGCGGGCCUGAUGGCUUCACUCCGCUGAUGAUCGCAUCGUGCAGCGGCGGCGGUAUUGAAAAUGAAAAUGGCGAGGCAGAAGAUGAUCCGUCCGCCGACGUCAUCACUGACUUCAUCUACCACGGCGCCAACUUGCACAACCAGACAGAUCGGACUGGAGAGACGGCAUUGCAUCUGGCAGCGCGUUACGCACGUUCAGAUGCGGCCAAGCGGUUGCUUGAGUCUACAGCUGAUGCUAACGUUCAGGACAACAUGGGCCGCACGCCUCUACACGCUGCUGUUGCAGCCGAUGCCCAGGGCGUCUUCCAGAUUCUGAUCCGGAACCGAGCGACGGAUCUGGACGCUCGUAUGCAUGACGGAACGACGCCGCUGAUCCUGGCCACCCGAUUGGCUGUUGAGGGAAUGGUGGAGGAACUCAUUAACUCCCACGCUGACCCCAACACCGUUGAUGAUGCAGGUAAAUCGGCUCUUCAUUGGGCGGCUGCUGUCAAUAAUGUGGACGCUGCUGUUGUUCUUUUGAAGAACGGUGCAAAUAAAGAUCUACAGAAUAACAAGGAAGAGACACCCCUGUUCCUGGCAGCACGCGAGGGCAGUUACGAGACCGCCAGAGUCCUGCUCGAUCACCUGGCCAACCGUGACAUUGCGGAUCAUCUCGACCAGCUUCCGCGAGACAUCGCACAGGAGCGCAUGCACCACGACAUCGUCCGCCUGUUAGAAGAAUACAACCUGGUGCGGAGUCCCCCUCUGCCCCUGUCGCCGCCCCUCUGCUCCCCCAACACCUACCUGGGCUUCAAACCCAGCCCGGGCAACAACACCAUGGGCAAGAAGGUUCGAAAACCCGGAGGAAAAGGUGCGGGCAGUAAGGACGGAGGAAAGGAAAUGAGACUCAAAAAGAAGAAAAACGGGGAGGGCAAAGAUGGCGGGAUUAUGGAGGUGGGAGUCCUUUCACCCGUAGAUUCGCUUGAAUCGCCACACGGCUAUCUAUCAGACGUCUCUUCGCCGCCCAUGAUGACGUCACCCUUUCAACAGUCCCCACCUAUCACUUUAAAUCAACUCCAAGGGUUGGCCGACUCCCGCAUGGUCAGUGCUCACCAGGGUAUGGGCAAGCCAUUUGACUCCGCUCCUCCACGCUUGUCCCAUCUCCCAGUUGCUAACGGUGGGGCUCAAACGGGCGCGUGCGAUUGGCUGCAGAGGGUGCAGCAACAACAGCAGCAGGCAGGUUUCACGGCCCUCAUGCCCACAAUGCACACCGGCAUGCCGCAGGUCAUGGGUUAUCCCACGAUGCAAAGCAGCCACCUGGGCACAGCGUCGCACAUGCUGUCUAACCACGCCCACCAAAACAACCACCAGAGCGUCGCCACCAUGCAGCACCAAAAUUCCGGACACAUCCUAACGCAUCACUUCCUGGGAGAUCUCAGUGGGCUGGAACUUCAGUCCGGCUCAGGACACGCCCCCAUGCAGACCAUCCUACCACAGGACAGCCAGCGAAUGGCUUCUAUCUCCAGCGCGCAGUUUCUAACCCCGCCUUCUCAACACAGUUAUUCUAACCCCAUGGACAACACGCCCAACCACCAGCCGCAGGUGCCCGACCAUCCUUUCCUCACGCCGUCCCCCGGCUCUCCCGACCAGUGGUCUAGCUCGUCUCCACAUUCCGUGUCUGAUUGGUCAGAGGGAAUCUCAAGCCCGCCUACCAGUAUGCAGAUGAAUCAUAUCCCAGAAGCCUUUAAAUAAGUGGGAUGUGGCAUCGCCAAGCUAAUCGACAAAGGACUGAAAAGACUCUGUAAACAAUUUUAUAUUAAUGCGACAAACUGCUUUGUUUGAAUCUUGUAUGCCAAGAACCGUUUUUAUUCAUUUUUGUAUUUAUUUAUGAGCGUUUUUGGACGACAGAUAUAAGUGAUCCUUUUUUAUUUAUUUUUAUUGCUAUGUUUAUUUCGACCAUUUAACUGCUUUGAAAAUAAUGCUGAAAGUUAUUAUAAUGCUGCCAGAAAAUAGUUUUUAAAAACGUUCUGUGUUGUUUUUCGUUCUAGAUUUUAAUUAAAAUUUCAGUAUUAAUUAGAUUUUAUAUGGUCCUUUUUACCGAACGUUUAGAUUUCUGUGAACAAAUGUAGAAAAGAGUCUUAAUAUUGUGAUGUAACGCUCGGAUGUAUUGAUAUGGACACGCAUUCACGCACACACUUCGACACGCCCAAUUCAAAUGUGUUUUUGUACAUGUAAAGACUGAGUUAUGUUAAGUGUUGUCUAUAGACACUGGUUACUGAACACAAGCCCUUGGGAGGUUUGUGACAGAAUGGUAUUAUUUUUUCCAUGGUACCUUGCAUCAGGUAUUUUGGGUUUCAUAUGUAGCGUAGCUAUCACUGUUAUUUAUUGCCUGCUGUAGACAUGUAGUACAUGUUCUUCACAUGUAAUGUGUUUGUGUGUGUGUGUGUGUGUGAGAGAGAACGAGAUUAAGUAGUGCCAGAUGCAUAAGUGCAGGGGUGUUUAUAAGUGUGCGUGUCAUAGUGUGAUGAUGUCAUCAGUGCUCAGAAGGUGUGAUUGGGAUUCAGAUGUGUUACGUUUUAUAACUGCUGAUCAAAUGUUCUAAUGUUGCUGUUGACAUGAGACAAACUUGUUGUAAAAAAUUAUUUUGUAAAGUACCUUUUCUUGACACAAUAAAGAGCACCUUUUGGUGACAUUACUUUGA